AUUUCAGGCAUCGUUGGGCGAUCCGAAACACAAUACUACCUCCCAUUGUUCUUUGUUGAACAAGUCAGGUACCCAGCCACUCUUGAUACCGCAUGUGUUGAUCGUCUGUCUGUUGCAAGCGCUCCAGUCAUUGUCCACGGAGUUUCCAGCUUUCCAGACGAUGCACAACAAUUUGUCACAAAAUAUGACGAAGUACUUUGAGUGCCUCAACACUUCUUGUCUGAAAUUGGCCACCUAAUGACUGUAUAUUUUUGUAUAUUUCUAUGUUUAAACUGUG